GCUCUUCCUCCUUUCGUCAGGUUUUGGUUUUCUUCGCAGCUCCAACACCAAAAAUCCCUUCGGAAUCCUCAAUCUCCCAGCAAUCUAUUUCAAUUUUCAAUCAAUGGUGAAUUUUCUUUUGGAAAUCUGACUCGCCUGAUCGAUUCACUAUGAUAGGGAGCAACAAUCUCUACUCUGCAACGGGAAUUGAGGAAUCGACAUCUCCCCCGUCUGCCGCCUAUUCGGAUACAUGCAUGAAGAAUUUCUGCCCUUCGUCGGUGGAGGUUUCUGAUCAAAUAGAGGAUAUCAACAAUGAUAUCUCUUCACCUAAGAGCGAUAAAUCUUGCAAUCCAGAAGUGCUUCAAUCUUCUAUUCGCAGAAUGAACACUACUGAAGAUGCUGUAGAAAUGAAAUCAGGCAAAUAUUUCUUUUAUGAUUCGCCGCUUUACGAGGAAACUGGCUUUUGGAUACCUGUAUCUGUCCCUCCCAUGCUUGAAAAUGACCAUGAUGAAUGGAGCAAGGGAUUUAGUUCCAAUGGUGGUUACUUUCCUGAGGAAGAAUUCAGUUGGGACCAAUUAUCAGAAGAUAAGGAGAUGACCAUAUGGGAUGUGGUUUAUGAAAUGCUUCUUAUGGCGCGAGGCAAAGUGAGUGCUGUUAGUUCGGGCGACCUUAUGAGUCGUAAAGUGCCUUGCAUGUCAACAGAACUCUUAGAAGAAACAUGGAAAGAAAUGGCUAAGACUCUGGCAGAGGCUAACUAUGGGCACAAAAUGGUGAUUUUGGAAACUGAGCCACCAAAGUGGUUGCCUGAUAGUGCUGCUGCAGCUUGCAUGUUGUGCAAUGUGCGCUUUCACCCAAUAAUGUGCUCAAGGCAUCAUUGCCGGUUUUGUGGUGGCAUAUUUUGCAACGAUUGUUCCAAAGGAAGAAGCUUGCUUCCUAGAAAAUUCAGAGUUGCAGACCCACAACGAGUCUGUGACGUUUGUGGCGUUCGAUUGGAAUCGGUUCAGGUUUACUUGAUGAAUCAAAUCAGUCAUGCCUCGCAACUUCCAACCCAUGAUUUGACUGACCUCAGCACCUUGCGAUCAUGGUUGAACUUUCCAUGGGGUCGAACUAUGGAGUAUGAGAUUUACAAAGCAGCAAAUAUACUUCGCACUUACACUAAGGUUGGUUCUUUGAAGCCUGAGAAGUCCAUCCCUGAAGCUAUUCUGAAACAAGCAAAGGGCCUUGCAAUCCUAACUGUUGUUUGUGUUGGUAUGGUUGUUACUUAUAAAAUUGGGACUGGUCUUGUUAUCUCUAGACGAGAAGAUGGCUCCUGGUCUCCACCCUCUGCCAUCUCUUCAUUUGGUUUUGGAUGGGGAGCUCAGGUUGGAGGCGAGCUAACUGACUAUAUAAUUGUAUUGAGGAACAAAGCUGCCAUCAAAACUUUUAGUAGCCAUGGGCAUUUAUCACUUGGUGCAGGAGUGAGUGCAGCUGCUGGCAUUGUUGGACGGACAGCAGAGGCCGACAUACGUGCAGGUGAUGGUGGUUAUGCUGCUUGUUUGACAUACAGCUGCAGUAGAGGUGCGUUUGUCGGUUGUGCUCUCAAUAGCAACAUGGUCGGUACUCGUGUGUCUGAAAACUCCCGUUUCUAUGGCGCUCCGGUCAAGGCAUCCGACAUACUUUUGGGCUCGAUGCCGAGGCCACCAGCUGCCGCCGUCCUCUACCGUGCUCUUUAUGAUCUUAUUCCUUAAGCUGGAAAGUUAUCCCAACCAACAAUAUGAACUCCUGAUUCCAGUCUGAUUACUAAGGAGGUCAUCUAUAUAUGUUGGCUCGCUUCCGGCCCUAAUUCUUUGGUUUUGUGUGCAUAAAGUAGCAAUUCAAAGUGUACAGAUGGAAAUCACUUGACAAAUCUUUUAGUUUAUUGUUUGGAUCAAAUCUAUGCAAUCCUAAAUG